AUGGGCAAGCGACGAAGACAAAACGAGGAAGUCACUGAGGCUCCGGCAUCCGGGCAAGUGCUUCCCGUCGCGGAGCUCGGGGACGACUUUAACGGCGACGCAGAGGACGGCGCUACUUAUCUUGCUUUAGCCAACCGGGAAGCCGCUUCGCUCCCGUUCUACACGCGCGUCGAGCCGCCAGCCUCGUACUCGGUCAUCGAGAAGCCGUCCAAGGUGACAGUGGAGGUAGAGCAAGGGCGACACCCAGCCCUGCCCAAGGAGUCCUGGGAGGUCGUGAACGCAGCGCAUUUCAAGGCGUACAAGGCGCAGAUUGCCAAACACUGGCCGCCGUCACCGGCUCUCGCGUGUCCCUACCCGUCACCACCGGAUAUCGAGGAUGAGGAGGGAUGGCGCGCAUACAUCGAUGGCGCGGAUGGAGGGGACGAGCAUGACGAGGAAGAAGACGAGGAGAUGGACGAGGAGGCGGCGAUGAACGCGCCCCCGAAACCGGCCCGGCCACGGGAGAGGAGGGAGCCGCUCGUGUCCCUCCUCGCUGGGCUCGAUACAGACGACACGCUCGCACUCCUGGGCCACUUCAACGCCUGGCUAGGCGAGACGGAAACGUUGUCCCCGCUAUGGGCGCGGUGGAUCUUUGCCCUGCUCUGCGUGCUCGAUUCUCGCCUCGAUUCGGGGCAACAGUCCCAGCUCCGCGACCUCGUGCGCACCCUCGCAUCCGUUAUCAUGGUGCGCUGGGAAAAGGCGCUGGGCAAGGACGAGCUCCAGCCAGUCGCGUACAAGGAGGGCUUUUAUGGCGUGCAGACCGUCGCCUCGAACGGGCCGGGAGAGAAGGAGGACGAUAAGGGGGACAAGCCGCCGCAGUGGGCGCUCGGUGCUCGGUGGAAGAAUGACCGGGACGCAGCGCCGCGCUCCGAGUCGCCGAAGCGGCCGCCAGACGACGAUAGCGUCGACGCCGUUCUUGCGCGGACGUGGAUCCUCAUCUCUGCCGUCGUCUCGGGAUGGGGCCAGUGGGAUCUCAUCGACGAGGUGAAUGCGCAGGUAUCCGCGCUCCCCCGUCACUCAUAG